AUGAAUGAAGUAAUACGACUAGGGACAGAUGAAAAAUAUCAAGCUCUUUCGCAGAUUAAACUGUUUACUACUAGACCUUUUGCUUGUCUACUUUCUAACUUACAAAAAGAUCCCUUUGUCUUAACUGCUACCAAAAAGGGAACUGUUUAUCGUGGCACCAAUUUUUCAUCCGAACAGAUCGAGCAAUAUCAACGAAUCACUAUUUUUUUAAAAGCAGAUCGUAAUUAUGGUCAAUUUCCUGUAUUUACAUCAACAAGUCGUAAUAGAGAAAAAGCUCAACAAUUUGGUAAGGUUCUUUUUGUCAUUGAAAUAGGUGAAUCUGAUGGUUAUGAUAUUUCACUUUAUUCAGAGCUUGAUGAAGAAGAACAUGUACUUUGA